AUAUUUCAUAGAACCGACAAAGCUCUAAAAAAGGCAAAUUCUGUAAAGAAGCCGGCUUUAAUUUGUAUGCUAAAUAUCGGAGAACGUUGACGGAUAAAGAAGCUCUCAGCUUUUUUAAUCUUUUUCAAGUCAAAUCAUUUUCUAUCGCCACCCAACUCUCAAAUCCGCGGUAAACCUCUAAGGGUCAUCUUUAUUUUGCGUUUUCCCGGAAGAUCAUCAAUGUCGCGCCUUUUCGUUUCUCGCGUUCUCUGCUUGUAGAGACGAAACCCUAGAAUAUGAGUCCCACGGCGGCGCACGACGAUCCCAGUCAGAUUAAACGUGCCCUGAUUGAUGCUUCUGCCGGCGCCAUCUCUGGUGCUGUUUCUCGCACCGUUACUUCCCCGCUUGACGUUAUUAAGAUUAGAUUUCAGGUUCAACUUGAACCUACAACUUCAUGGUCCGUGGUCAGGGGAAACUUGACACGAGCAUCCAAGUAUACUGGAAUGGUACAGGCAACUAAAGACAUAUUUAGAGAAGAAGGUUUUCGGGGUUUUUGGCGUGGUAAUGUGCCUGCUUUGCUCAUGGUCAUGCCAUAUACUUCAAUUCAGUUUACAGUACUACAUAAGUUGAAAUCUUUUGCAUCUGGCUCUACUAAAACAGAGGAUCAUAUACAUUUGAGCCCUUAUCUAUCCUUCCUCAGUGGAGCUUUAGCAGGAUGUGCUGCUACACUAGGAUCUUAUCCUUUUGAUCUUCUAAGGACAAUAUUGGCCUCACAAGGAGAGCCUAAGGUGUAUCCAACAAUGAGGUCUGCGUUUGUCGAUAUUAUCCGAUCUCGAGGCAUAAAAGGAUUGUAUAAUGGAUUAACACCGACACUUGUUGAGAUUGUGCCUUACGCUGGCCUGCAAUUUGGCACUUAUGAUAUGUUUAAGCGUUGGAUGAUGGACUGGAACCGAUACAUUUUAUCCUCCAAAAACCCAGUAAACGUGGACACCAACAUUUCUAGCUUCCAGCUUUUUGUUUGUGGGCUUGGGGCAGGCACCAGCGCCAAACUCGUCUGCCAUCCUCUUGAUGUGGUUAAAAAGCGAUUCCAGGUUGAAGGUUUGCAGAGGCAUCCAAGAUAUGGAGCCCGAGUGGAGCGACGUGCAUACAGAAACAUGUUAGACGGCCUUAGACAGAUUCUGAUGGCGGAAGGGUGGCAUGGUCUGUACAAAGGCAUUGUGCCAUCCACUGUGAAAGCUGCUCCUGCUGGUGCUGUCACCUUUGUGGCAUAUGAGUUUACCUCAGACUGGUUGGAAUCAGUUUCCUGGUAGAGAUUUUACUCGUUUCACAUUUUUAUACCUUCUCUAGCAUUUGUUAUAGGCUCAAUCUUUCGGCUUCAUUCACUUGUAUUAAGCAUAUUAUCAUAUGAUCCAUUUAUGAUUAUACGAGUAAACAUCAACUGUUGUUGGCAAUUGUACUAGUUUCUAACAAGUGUGAUGAAUUUUGUAAAGUGCGAUUAUAAAGCUGUGUAGUGAAUCCAAAUUAU